AUGGUGAUGUUCGUUGUCUAUAAAAGGAAAACCACUCAUCUUCGGACUACAUCCACAUUUGCUCUCCACUUCACCGUAUUACAACUUACCCGAAUUCAAGAAGCCAUGGCCUCUUACCGGUGCACCAUGUUUGCUUUCAUGAUUGCUAUUUCCUUUUCAACCUUGGAGAUCACAUUCGCAUCACUUCCAUCUCUACUCCCUUCUAUAGGAGUCCCACCAGUCGGAGUCCCACCUGUCGGAGUCCCACCUACAGGAGUCCCACUCAUACAAGUUCCACCUAUAGGAGUUCCACCUGUACAACUUCCACCAAUAGGAGUCCCACCUGUACGAGUCCCACCUGUACAAGUUCCACCUAUAGGAGUACCACCUGUACAAGUUCCACCUGUAGGAGUCCCACCUAUACAAGUUCCACCUGUAGGAGUCCCACCUGUAGUAAUACCACCUGUACAAGUCCCACCUGUGGGAGUCCCACCUGUACAAGUCCCACCUGUGGGAGUCCCACCUGUACAAGUCCCGCCUGUGAUAAUCCCAUCUCUGGGAGUGCCACCUCUUGUGGGAGUGCCACCUGUGGGAGUCCCACCUGUGGGAGUCCCACCUGUGGGAGUACCACCUGUGGGAGUACCACCUGUGGGAGUGCCACCUGUGGGAGUGCCACCUGUGGGAGUGCCACCUGUGGAAAUACCACCUGUGGAAAUACCACCUGUGGGAAUACCACCUGUGGGAAUCCCACCUGUGAGAAUCCCACCACUGCCUCUAAUCUGA